AUGGAAGUCUCAUGCCAAACGCACGUAUGGUCACCGCACAAUGAUCAUCGUUCGUGGGAUCUUAAACUCGCGCAAAUUGCCUUUGCUCUUCGAACCGCACUGAGUGCCAGCACUGAAAGUUCACCUGCUUUUCUUAUGUUUGGUCAUCAUCCUCGUCAAACAUUGGACCUCGGUUUACCACCACCUUCAACUUCCGAUACUCCUACGACGACGACCGAUUUAUCUAAUUAUCGUCAUCACUUAUUAUCUACUCUCCUACCCACAUAUGUUCAAACUCGCGAACUCUUCGAUCUUGCUCAUCAACGCCAAGCUCGUCACUAUAAUCUACACCAUCGUUCAGUAUAA